AUGUUCCCAGGCGACGGCUCCCAAGCAUCCACCCCUGCCACGGCGGCCACAGCGGCAACGUCCAUGGUUCCCUCUUCCUCAAGCAUCGCCCGUGUUGCUGUUCGGCUUCCCUCAUUCUUCACCGCCCAUCCUGACCUAUGGUUCAAAAUGGCCGAUAGUCAGUUCGCGCUGGCUGGCAUCACCCAGCAAGCUACGAAGUUUCACCACAUAGUCAGCAACCUACCUCCGGAAAUCGCGGUGGAAGUCACAGAUAUUCUGACGGCACCCCUCACCCCCAACGCCUACGACGACCUUCGGAAGGCCGUCACGGACAGAAUCAUGACGUCGGAGCGCGAGCGCUUGCGCCAGCUGCUAGCAGCCGAAGAACUCGGCGAUCGCAGACCCAGUCAGCUGCUCCGACGUAUGCACAGCCUCCUCGGCUCUCGGCUUCCAGCCUUCGACCGAUCCCUCCUGAAAGAACUUUUCCUGAGCCGGCUCCCUCAGCAGACACAAAUGGUACUCGCGGCACUUCCCGACUCUUCCGCGGAGGCACUCGCUGAAGUCGCCGACCGGGUAAUUGAGGUUUCACGAGGCACAAUUGCCCACGUUCCCACCCCAUCUCCUGCUUUUGAGGUUGUGCCGUGCCCCUAUUCGACCACACGUCACCACGUCGAUACGCCUACCACGGUCGCCCGUUAA